AUGCCGAACCGUCACCACCAACACCUCCACCGGAGGGACCUGCUCAAUGAUGCCUGGGAUGAGCUUACGAAAGGCGUAGCGGGCGUGGCGCAGACACUGCAACAGAAGGCAAACGGCCCUUCCACCGUCGUUCAGACUAUCUUCACCACCAUGUCGGCAACGUUCGAGGGGGAGAUUGGAGGCUAUUCGACAGUUGUCGGCGGCAACAACGACGAUGCACCUGCCACUACCACUGCUAGUCCGGCCAAGGUGACCUCGAAUGCCGGCGCGACAAGUCCCACAACUGUUCUGGCUGUUGCACCCAGCGAAACCUCGCUGCCCGAAUCAGUGGUCGCAUCGACAACCGCGAAUCUCAGUGAUGACUCGACUCUCGCUCUCGCUACCAGCCAUGCGACAUCCUCCAAGGCUACUGCCACAACCGGGGGAUCGUUCGCCAGCACGUCUGCUGCAGGGGCCUCCACUUCUUCGACCGCGACGGAGUCGAGCUCAGACAGCGGCAGCAACAGUGGAACCAAGGCAGGGAUCGCCAUCGGCGUGCUCGGCGGGCUUCUGCUGAUUGCUCUCGCGGCAUGGUUCUUGUUCAACAAGCGCAGAAAGCAAUUGGAAAAGGAGCGCAUCGCCGAUGACGAGAAGAUCAAUGGGUCCAUGGGCGGUGUACCUAUGGCUACUGCUGCCGUGAAUCGUCGCGCAUCUGUUUUGACCACUCGAACCACUGCCACGGCACCUCGCUUGAGCCUUCGCCCCGUGACCCAGUUCAUGCCAAACUUCGGCGAGAGGCGCUCCAGCAAAGGCGCUGCCAUGGCUCUGGCCUUGGGCCCUACUGGCGGCAAUGCACAGUCUGCUCGUGCUGUCGGCAAUAGUCCAUGGGAGCGCCCUAUGACCAGCCAGAGCAACCACCAAGAGAACCCGUUCGGCAAUAAUGCCGAGCGCCUCGAUGAGCGAUCUGUCGCUGGCCCGGCGCAUGCUAAUCCGUUUGACGCCCCCGAAAAUGUUGUUGGCAUGGCCCAGACGACCGACUCUCCUGAGACUUCCCACAUUGGUACUGCUGUCGCUGCUGGUGCCGGCGCCGCCGCCGGUGUCGCGCUCACACGUAAGCAGUCGACGAGGCAGAAUGCUCCGCAGGCUCUCGAUCUGACCAUGACGAGUCGUGCUGUUGACGCCCUUGGCCCGGUUCCUGUGCCCGGUAGCCCUGCCGGCACCGAGUUCAGCAUGACGUCUGUGGAUGCUGACCAGUCGCCUGCUCCUUCAAACAGCGCAGCUGCGAUUGCGGCUGCCGGGGGUCCUCCUCAGACCACUGUGCACCGUGUGCAACUGGAUUUCAAGCCUUCCCUGGACGAUGAGCUUGAGCUACGAACCGGUCAACUGGUGAGACUUCUGCAUGAGUACGACGACGGCUGGGCUCUUUGCAUUCGUCUGGACCGCUCCCAGCAAGGUGUCUGUCCUCGAACUUGUCUCUCAACACGCCCUGUGAAGCCGCGCCCGGCUGGCCCCCCAGGAACCCGCAAUGGCCCCCCCGUGAACCCCAGUGGACCUCGUGGCCCUCCUCGUGGCCCCCCUCGCGGCCCUGGGCCUAACUUCCCGCCUGGACAACGCCCCAUGACCCCUCAAGGUGGACCUCGCCCAGAAUCUCCGAUGCGGCCUAUGGUCAAUGGGCGCCCACAGUCACCCGCCAUGAUGAGACCUCAGUCACCAGCAGGUAUGGGCCGACCCCAGGGUCCCCAUGGCAGACCGCAGUCUCCCGGACCCAGAGCGAUGAGCCCCGGCCCCGGCCCACGAUCACAAUCUCCCGGCCCUCGGCAGCGAGGGUACAGCCAAAGCAGCGCGAACGGUCGCCGCAGCCCGCCCGGCCUCAGCCCUAUGAACCCAGCUAGCGGCAGCUCGCCUCCUCAGCAACAGCGAGGACCCCCUCAAGGACCGAUCGGCAGGAAGCCUGUCCCAGGGCAAGCGUACUAA